AUGUACUCUGUCACAGUUUUAACACCAAAGGGACGUCGGCAACAAGUUAAAAUAUUGGAAGAAGUUUGCUCAAAAUAUGGACUCAACGCCAGGGAAUAUGAUCUCAGGCACCACAACAAAAUUUUGGAUGUUUCAUCAAUGUUUAGAUUUACAAGUUUACCAAAUAAUGCACAGUUGGAAAUGACUGAAGCUGUAAAAGUGAGACAAGAAUCAUCAGUUACUCUGGGUCUUCAAUUAGAAUCAGGUGAAAGAUUAACAGGUGUUUUUACUCCAUCUGAUUCAGUAUGGCAUGUUAUUAACACAUUAAAACCUGAAGAAGAACGAAAGGCUCAUAUUGUAGUUAUUUAUAUGAGGCAAGAAAUUUACGGAAGAGAAAAUUUAAAUAGAACAACUUUAAGGAGUUUAGGAUUAACUGGUGGACGAGCAAUUUUAAGGCUCCUACAUAAAUCACCGGAAGAACUUCAUACUCAAGCCAAUGUUACUAGUAAUUUGACUAGAAGUAGUGAAGAAAAAUCAAAAACAAAUUUAAAUACUUCUGAUUUAAAAAAAAUUUCAACUCAGGAUUAUACCUCUAACAAAAAUGAGUCAGGUUUUGAAAAACCUUUCAAACCUCCAUCAAUAGAAUCCCCACCGAGGGAAACAAAAUCUUUGAAACCUUCAUCAGUAGAAUCCCCACCGAGAGAAACAAAAUCUUCAAAAUCUCCAACAAGGGAUUCUCCUCCGAAAGACAUAAAACCCUCAAAAAAUCCUAAAUCAGAGAAUUAUAAUUUUAAAGGGAACGUGUUUGAAAAAUUACUUAAAGAAGAAAAAGCUAAAAAAUUAGAAGAGAAAAAUGCUAAAAAAUUAAUGACCAUUGAUAAAAAGAGAAAUGCAGUAGCUUAUAAUCUUAAUUGUGUGAAACCGACCGCAUUCGAAGAAGAAUCCGAUGAUUUUUACGAUUUAACAAUAAAUGAUGCCAAAAUAUUGCUUAAGCAAGCCAAACAAUUAUGUGCCGAAUUGGAAGAAGCACCGCUAAUGACGGCUGCACAAAGGGAAUUGGAAAAAGACAAAAAAGUUCUUACCCUUCUUCAUCAAUACAAAAAAUCCGUGCUUAGAAUUAAAUUUCCGGAUAGAACGGUUCUUCAAGGAACUUUUUCUCCCAUCGAAACUAUAUCCGACGUAGAAAAAUUUGUUGCCGAAUAUUUAGAAGAUCCAAAAAUGAAAUUUUACCUUUAUACGACUCCGCCUAAAGUCAUAUUAAAACCACACGAAAGACUGAUUGAAUGCGGUUGCGUACCUUCUUGCGUUUUGUAUUUUGGACUUUCUUCUGUCGAUACUUCGCCCGCACAAUACCUGAAAUCGGACGUUUUACAAAAAUUAUCCACGCCGAGUGCUGCCACAUUAACAGCUUUCGAAUCGAGAAAACUUCCCGAAGAGAAAUUUGAUGAAGCUGAAAAGCGUAAAUGGAACAAAAGUUCUCCGAGACCCGGUCCAAGCGGAAGCCAACAAUUUGAUUCCGUUUCCAGGGAGGAUUCGACCUCCCCUCAAAUGAAAUUUCCAAAAUGGUUUAAACCAAACAAAUAG